UGUCGUAGAAAACUUCUGCACACGCAGCAGACGCCCCUCUCGCUCUCUCUCUCUCUCUCUCUCUCUCUCUCUAGAUCUCUCUCAACCAUCUUUAGAUUUUCUCUCUCUAAAGAAAAAGAAUUUCAGUGUACAAGAAGGAAGAGGCACAAUGAGCUUGAUCGGCAUGAUGGAGGCGAGCCUGCCGCCGGGGUUCCGGUUCCACCCCAGGGACGAGGAGCUCGUCGUGGACUACCUCUACCACAAGCUCGCCGGCGGCGGCGGCGGCGGCGUGGCCAUGGUUGACGUCGACCUCAACAAGUGCGAGCCUUGGGAGCUUCCAGACGCGGCGCGGGUGGGUGGCAGGGAGUGGUACUUCUACAGCCUGCACGACCGCAAGUACGCGACGGGGCAGCGCACCAACCGCGCCACCCGCUCCGGCUACUGGAAGGCCACGGGCAAGGACCGCGCCAUCGUCGUCAGCCGCCGCCGCCGUGGCGCCGUCGCCGGAGGCGAGGUCGUCGGGAUGCGCAAGACGCUGGUGUUCUACGAGGGGAGAGCCCCCCGGGGCAGCAAGACGGAGUGGGUCAUGCACGAGUUCCGCGUGGACGGACGAGCCGUCGCCGACCACCCCUCCUCGUCGUCCACACCUCGUCAUCUCCUCAAGGAGGACUGGGUGCUGUGCAGGGUGUUCUACAAGAGCAGAACGGUCACCCCAAGGCUAGCCUCCGGCGAGGCCGGUGCGUCAAUGUCCAGUGAGCUCAGCGUGCCGCCGGCGCCGGCGCCGCUGCCCUACGCACCUCCCGCCAUCGACGCAUACCUCGCCGUGGAUCGCGUUCCGGCAGCCGACGCCGGCGGCGGCUACUACGAGCAUGACAGCUCUGACGGGUACCACCACCACCACCGGCCGCCGGCGGCGGCAUUGCCGUUCAAGGAGCUGACGGACUUCAGGGACCUGCUGAGCAACAUGGUGCAAGGUGGCGCCGCCGCCAAGGCAGAUCAGGCGUUCCUUGGCUGGAGCGAGGAGGGCGGCCACGCGCAGGCGCAGCUGCAGCUGCAGCAGAGCGCCAUGGAGUCGCAGCCGUGGAACCAGUUCUAGCUGAUCUAGCUCUCA